AUGGCUUCUUGCACAGUAGCUAAAAAACGGGCAUCUCGACAGAAAACUGCAAACAAUGUUGUUCAAACUGCUCCGAUUUGCAAACUUCCUGCGAAUAUUAUGCUACAAGUGUUCAAUUACCUUAAUGUAAAGACACUCUGUGCUUUAUCGACUGUUUGUCGGCGAUGGUAUCAUCUUGUUUGUGAUCGCUCGUUGUGGAAAUACGUUGAUCUACGCUUGUGGCCACUCUCGCUACGGACUUUGAAGAAAAUUGUAAGGAAUCGCUUGUCAGAUUCAGUUCUGGAACUGCUUAUCAAAGGCUUCAUUGGGACCACCAAAAAGGGCGAAAACAUUUCACCAUCUUUACUUGAAGAGAUCAAGACGAAAUGCCCUAGUUUAGAAACUCUGGGCUUGUGUUACUGUGACAUGAGAAAUAUUCCCGCUCAAUGUUUGCCACGAAAUUUAAAAUCGUUACUUCUAGAUCAUUCGAUAGUUCCACUUGGUUGGUUUGAGGGAUUGCAAUGUGAGACGUUCUUCCCAAAUCUAUUGCAGUUGAACCUAACAUAUUGCACCCGGGUUGAGAAUUCAGAUCUCCGUAGCAUAACAAAGCUGAAAAAACUUGAAAAUUUAAAUUUCAGUUACUGUUAUCGAGUUGGUGACGAAGGCAUUGAACAUAUCGCCCGAAAUCUUAGUAAUCUGAAAGUGCUUAAUCUUUCAAAUUGUCCCAAAAUAACUGAUCUAGGAUUGCAUCAUAUUGGACGACAUCUCAUUGGUCUAAAAAGGCUUAACCUGUUAUCAAGUUGGAGAAUAACUGAUGCUGGUAUUCUUUCACUGGUUCACAGUCUCACUGAACUGGAAUAUUUGAAUCUGUCAUCAUGCAAGGAGGUGACUAAUUCAGGGCUUACUGAGAUCACUGACAAGUGUAAAAAGCUGAAGUUGUUGGACGUAACAGGCUGUACUGCUAUUACAGAAAGGAAUGUGAGUGAUGCUAAGUUACUUUUACCUCUGUGUGAUAUUCAGUGGCCUUAG